AAUUUAAAUUUAAAUGGAGUCGUGAAUUUUUAUGGUGAAAAAAAAAUAAAGUGUUGAGAAAUUAAUUAUUAAGAAGAAAUAAAAUGUUUGAACUUGUAGCGUCUGAUCACGAUCGAUAACUGUAUCAUCGAUUGAAAGGAGCCACUCCCGUCGUUAAUCGACAGCUUCCUGAUGGUUUGAUAUUAAAUUAGUAGCUCAUUAAUAAGCGGAAAAAGUAAACUAUAAAACUUACUCGGAUUCCGGUUAAUUUUUAUAGUUUCAAACAGUACAGCGGACAUCGGAGUGGUAUAAAAUUUUUAAAAAGAAGAAAAUAAUAAAAUUGUUUCGCUUACGGAGAAAAUACAUGAAACAUAAGCAGAAUUUGCGAAUUCGAGGAUGCAAGGACAAAAUUGAAGAGUACGAAGCGAAUUGUGAUUUAUUUAUUUAUUCGAGAGACUUUUUUCAUUAUUGAAAAUAUUGAGAAUAAUAAUAAUAAUGGCGGACUAUGAAAGAAUUCGCUUAGUGGUGCUCGGCGGAGCUGGGGUCGGAAAAAGCGCUAUCAUCAGGCGGCUUCUCGGUCAAGGUUUCACCGAAAGAUACAGACCUACUGUCGAGGAUCUUUAUUCGAGGGAGUGUAUCCUUGGGACGAUGACAUUCAAAGUCGAUCUUUUGGACACCGCAGGUGAUUUACAAUUUCCAGCGAUGAGAAGACUAAGUAUAGCAACGGCACAUGCAUUUUUAUUAGUUUACGCAGCAACAUCAUCCCCAAGUUUUGACUGUGUCAAGAUGGUCUUCGAAGAAGUUAGAGAACAGCGACCUGACUAUCAAGAAGUGCCAAUAGUAGUAGCAGGGAAUAAAUUGGACUUGGCGUCAGUGAGACGUGAAGUACCAAUAGAGGACGUGAGCGAAUGGCUGUUCUGCGACCUGCCAAAACUCCGUGCCAAAGUGAUGGAGUGUUCGGCUAAAGACGACUACAACAUCAAAGAACUGUUCAGGUGUUUUGUCACCCUGUCGAAAAUAAUCCCGAAAAACCCUAGCGGGGAACUCGACGAGUCUGGGUUGAGGAGAAGGUGUUCCGCGUAUGGAUCCAGACGAUCCGGAAGCCCAAACGGAAGAACCGGUAGCGCUGGUUCGGGGCCUACGCAACAGGUACUAGCCGCGCAAGGAACAAGUGUAGUCGCGGUCGCCGAAGAAGUAAAAAGCAAACCUCGCAGCAGAAGUCUGAUAAGACGCGCCUCCAGGAAGACAAAGCAGCAGAUCCGCGAGUCUCACGCCGACGAUUGUAAUAUUUCUUAAGUAGCAAGUAACAGUUUUAUCGUUUUUUACUCCCGACGUUCCUACUUUUAGUGGUAAAGUUACCGGACAAAUGGGUAAAUACAAACAUUUUGUGUCAUUAAUAUGAUUGUCUGGUAUUCCUUUCCAGAAACUCUAAGAGUUUGUAGAAAUUUAGUAAUGGACAGAGCCAAAAAGUUUGUAAGGCAACAGAGAGAGCCGUACUGGUAAGUGGAGUUCAAGAAGUUCAAGUACAAGCUCGGAAAAAUAAACCGACGGAGGAAUAAAACUCGUUUAUGUACAGUGUGUGUUUAACUGAACAAAUGUUGGUCGGAAAAAGUUUCAGAGACAGACAUAGAGGGUUGAUAAAACUCUAAAGGACGUCAGAGCAUCUUUUACUGCAAAGUUAUCUUCUUUGUGCGCCGUAUAAAAGUCAUAAUGAUAGUAAAAAAAAGUAAGAGCUUUUUAAUCAGAUUUUAUCUACUCAAGAUGGAACUGACAUUUUAUUGUGGACGUAGUAUGAAAUGUUUUAUUAUUUGAGAAUUGCAAGAAACUAUAUUUUACUCCUUUUUAAUUUUUUAUCGGGAAAUGUUUGAUAGAAAUGUUUGAAAGAAAGAAAUUGAUAGAGAUUGGUUGACAAUGCUUGUGACAUAUUUUAUUGAAUCGGAAAAAUUAGAGAUAGUGGCUUAAAUAUCAAAGAUACGGAAAAAUCAUAAGAUACCUUUUUUGUACACAGAAAGAAAAAUUUCUUGACGAGAACAAAAUUCUUGGCUCAAGAAAAUUAUUGAGUGCCUAAAGGAAGA